AUGGCGGAUUUCAUCGCUCGCUCUCGCUCUCCUUCUCUCUUUCUCUUGGCCUCUCCCGAGGUCCAGACCUAUGCUGGCGGUUGGGACCCGGAUGCUAAUACAUUCUCCAGAAGAGAAAGGGUGGACCUCAGGUACAUGCAUGCCAAAAAUAUGCUGCUAUCCCUGCCCAUCCUCCGCCUUCCACCCUUUCCAUGCCAUUAUCUCGCCUUGAGGCAGUAUCUCCUUUGUGUUUUCAUGGUCAUUGGUCUCACCACCUUCGACUGGUUAUCCCCGAGUCUGCUGUAG